GAAGCAUUGAUCUCGUCGUUGCCGGGUAGCUUAACAAGCACGUUAAGUAGUCGCACUGAGGCUGCAUACUGCGUUGCCCUACUCAGCAACUCUGAUUGGAUUCAAUAGGAUCACGCACUCCCUUUUUUUUCUUUUGCGCAUUUGAGCUGCAUUGUCAAAGAGCUUCUUCUUUCUAUCUCUUUCUUUUUGAUUUUGAAUCACGAGCGUCUUUUUCAUUCGCGGCUUGCCGUGACAAACUACCCAUUCAAGACGAAGAAACGAUUCGCGACUGAAAAACUGGCCUGGUUGAUGAGCCCCUUUGAUCUCGCUUUUCUUUCAACGUCACUCUUGUGCGACUCGCUUUGGUGGUGUGUUGGAAGCCUGUUUUGUGUUUUCGUCGUUGUUGGUGGCCCGUGAGAGAGGUGAGUCUCGGGCAGGAAAGGUAAAGGCUUCCCCGGGCAUUCUCUCAGACGCAAUCAGAGUUGGAAAGGAAAGCGUACCUGAGUGCGGACAGUGCUGAGAUUUGUGCACUGAAGAGAAAAGAAAACAGUAAGAAUCGUGUAGUUGUUCAUCGUAUCCCUUUCCUUGUUUUUUGUUUCUUGUGUGCUUUACUCGCUGUAAUGAUGCACGCCACGUUGGCAGAUAGCGGCGAGACGGACCGCCAGAUGGUGCUCAUCCACGUUGAGAACACACUCUUAGCCAUGCGCACCAGCAGCCGGCUCCACCGGGGGAGGAGCAGCUACGCUGAGGAGACGGAGGGCGGCGAGUACGUCGCUUUUCAGCGCCUGCGUGAGCUGCAGCGUCGCCUCUUUGCGGGCGCGGUGCCCGUCCCAGGGCCGACCUCGUCUUCUUCCCCCACCUAUCAGCGCAGCAACGGCUCUCCCACUUCGUCUCCGAAGGCCUUUGCGAAUGUCGCGACAGACGACGGCGCCGGCUGUGCGCUGAGCAGCACCUUCUCCCCCGCGCAGAUGCGCCCCUUCGGCAGUACCACCGUUGAUAACGCGGUGAGUGAGGUAACUAUUCUUUCCGCCUUCGCCAAGGUCUGCUGCAGUCCGAGCACGCCGGCCGUCGUUACGGGGGUGGCGCUGACAGCACUGGUCGACAUGCUCGACCUCCCCUGCGGCUUCAUCUCCAUCUACGGCGUCCACACCGCCAUUGAGGCUGCCUCGGACACUCGGGCGGAGGUGCACGACAACGGGUCGCACGAGGUGCUCCUCUCGCGGAUUUUCAACGUGUACGUCGCGGCGCUGAACCACCCGGCGGCGGUGAUGGCAGCGGGCGAGGUGCACGUGCGGGCGGUUGGCCGCAUGAUGGUCCUGGCCACGUUGCCUGAGGCGAGUCAGCUGCUGAAGCGUACAGUGGAGAAGAGCAUGCGGUCGAUCGUCAUGACGCUCUUUCGACGGGUGUUGUACCUCCCCGCCGCGCCGGCGGAGCGGGAGGCGGUGGUGGCGGCCAGCACGGUCGUACUGCAGUUCAUCAGCCGGCUCAUCAGCGGCGAGAUCGCCUCCUUUGACAACGACGGCCACGAGGUGGCCGCGUCGACCGUGACGGGGUCAACGACGGCCACGAGGUGGCCGCGUCGACCGUGA